UUGUAGUUUACAAGGCGACUGUUUACAUUCAGACUCUAUAAAUGCUGACUGCAUUCUUGUUCAAGCUUCGUCAUCGUUUCGUUUCUCCAACAGCAAACCUUGCAAAUUUUUCAUCUCCGAUUCUCAGUUGUUUAAAAUAAUGGGGGGAGGUUGUAAUGUGGAUGAUCAGGAAUUUGCUUCUGCUUUAACUCUUGUGUUAGUUGGGAAAACGGGUAAUGGAAAGAGUGCUACUGGAAAUAGCAUCCUUGGUACCAAGAGUUUCCAAUCAAGGCGAAGUUCAUCUGGAGUUACGAUCAAAUCUGAGUGGAAAACCACAAAAAUGCAAGAUGGACGUGUGGUUAACGUGAUUGAUACACCGGGAUUGUUUGAUAUAUCUGCGGAUCCUGGUUUUAUCUGGAACGAAAUCGUCAGUUGCAUCCAUAUGGCCAGGGAUGGUAUUCAUGCUGUUCUAGUUGUUUUUUCUAUCUGCAAUCGCUUUUCGGAGGAGGAACGUGCUGUAAUAUGUGGUUUGGUUGAUUUGUUUGGGAACAAAAUUUACGAUUAUAUGAUAAUAGUCUUUACUUGUGGCGAUGAACUUGAUGAAGAUGGAAAGAGUUUGGAUGAAUUCUUAUCUGGCUGUUCAGAACAAUUGAAGGAAGUUCUUUGCCUAUGUGGCAAUCGUUGUGUUCUUUUUGAUAACAGGUCGAAAGAUGAAGCGAAAAAAUUAAGCCAGGUGCAUGAGCUUCUUUCUCAAGUAAACAUGGUGUUAGAUAAAAAUGGUGGAAAGCCGUAUUCAAGUGAAAUAUUUGCUAUGUUUAAGAAGGAGUUCGCUGAAAAUGAGUCGUUAACACUGAAUGACAAGCAGUUGAAACCAUUAAUUGAACUGCUUGAAUCAAAGUUCAUUGAGAUUGAAUUGAAGCUUAAAAAACUACUGGAAGAGGAGCAAGCUGCACGUCUGAAGGCGGAAAUGAAAGCUAUCGAGGUGAAAAAGAAAUGUGAGGAGAAUGUACAAGGGAUGAAAGAGCAGCUAGAUGAGGCCACGGAAGCUUUGAAACACUGGCGGUGUAGUAUUAUGUGACUCAAUUGAACAUAGUUUGAACUUUGAAGCACUAUUGAGUUUAUGUAUUUUGGAAGUCACAUAUCUGGUGAACUUUGAAGCAGUAUUAAGUUUAUGUAUUUUGGAAGUCACGUAUCUGGUUGAGAAUGCUCUGGACUUAAUUUUUUUUUGAAAAUGAUUAAUCUAUCGAUUGCAUAA